AUGUUCGACCCGACCGCGACCGUCAGCGGCAGCCUCGAGGCGCGCCAGCGCGUGGCGCAGCUGCAGCUGCAGGCCGCCACCAAGAACGUCAUCGCGGUGGGGCGCGUCGUGCGCAGCUCGUACUGCGACCACUCGGGCUGGGGGCUCAAGCAGGGCAGCAUCAUCAAGAGCUGGAAGCGCCGCUACUUCGUGCUCAAGGGCCGCGAGCUCAUCUACUUCGCCGAGCGCUCCCCGAGCGGCAAGGGCAUCGACGAGAAGGGCCGCCUGCGCGUCAGCGGCGUCGAGUUCACGCCCGAGUUCACCAACGCGCUGGUGGUGCGCGGCGAGCUCAAGAACCAGGCGGUCAAGAUGCAGGUGGACUCGAACGAGGCGAGCACCGAGUGGUUCCGCAAGAUCUCGGAGGCGCUGCAGGCCGCGCGCGACGAGGCCAUGGCCGGGGACAACCAGCAGGGGGACGCGGCCAACAGCGUGGCCAUGAAGGGCUGGCUUAUGAAGGAGGGGCAGAACUUCAAGACGUGGAAGCGCCGCUACAUGACGCUCACGGGCAGAACCAUCCAGUACCGAGCGCAGCCCAGUGAGAAGCCUCUGGGUGAGACCAGGGUGAACGCGGUGAACAUCAACCCGUCGAAACCCUUCGCGCUGGACAUUUACUCGGACAACAACCGCAUCUUGAAGAUCGCGGCCGACUCGUUCGCAGACAUUGAGGCGUGGGACCAUGCACUGGCGAAGGUGAUUGGCAAGAGGCCGUGCUUCGGAGACCCGUACGCGGGUCAGGACGCGCCGUUCUUGGGGGAGACGUUCGAGGAGAGCGUGCUGUGUGAAGGCUGGCUGUACAAGAGAGGACAGCGAUCAACGGAGUGGCAGCGCCGAUACUUUAGGCUCAAGGGGUACAAGCUGCAGUACCAGGACGGACCGGGCGAGAGUGUGCCCAAGGGAGCGGGAACUGUCGUGGGGCUGAAGCUUGGCGAGACGGGGUCCAAUUGUGUGUAUGUGCAGCUUGGUUCGGGCCGCGUGCUCUGUGUCAGCGCGGACAGCCAGGCUUCGGUGGACAAGUGGGUGAAAGCGAUCUGUGGACUGCUGGAUAAGGACCCCAAGACUCUGGAGAAGGAAGUCCCGGCCGCAGUGAUCUCCAAGGGGGCGAGCUCAAGUAAUCUGCUCACGCGCGCGCUCAGUCGCGCUGGGUCUACCGCGAGUGCACCGCCAGUUCUGCCAACCAGUGGUGUUGCGUCGAGUCUUAGCGGGGCUGGUGGAUAUUUGGAAGGCUACGAUGACACCGUGGAGAGUGACAACAACGCUGGCCUGCUGUUGCGUGAGUCCUCGGGUAGUUUCAGAUCAUCUUUUGGGGCUGGCAGUAAUUCUGCCUCAACGACUCCGCGGGCUUCAAUGAGCGGUACGACUCGCAAGUGCGGAUGGCUUCGCAAGGAGGGCGCGCGAGUCCGUUCGCUCAAGCGGCGCUACUUCAUGGCUGACGGCAACAAGCUCUACUACUUCGAGCAGAUCGGCGAGGCUCCGCGUGGCAAUGGCAUCGUCAAGAGCGCCGUCCCUAACGAUACGUAUCCGAAUUGUAUGGAUUUCAUUCUGACGUCGGGUCGCACAUUGCGCGUGGUGGCCGAGUCUCCCGAUGAAAUCCGUUCGUGGCUUGGGCAUUUCAACGAGUGCAUUCCUGGAGGUGAUAACACUGAGGAACGACGAAGCGCUUUGGAGAGGCUGUCGCUUGGGGCCGGUCCGGAGGAUACUGCCUCGAGCGUCGCUGAGACUGGUUCUGGCUGGCUGCUGAAGAAGGGUAAGAACUUCAAGAACUGGAAGCGCCGAUUCUUCAAACUGGAGGGCAAGCAGUUCUCUUACUCGAGCGCGCCAGACGCCCCACCUCUCGGACGAGGUGUUGUCGAGCACGUUGCUAUCGGAAACGCGCGACCCUUCUGUCUGGACGUGCGAUUCCAGAACGGCCGAGUCAUGCAGGUGGUCGCGUCCAGCGAGGGUGAAAUGGUGGCCUGGAACCGCUUGCUGCAAGCUGCUGUGCUUUCAGCGCCGAUCGAGAGCGACAUGGAGGAGGACACGCAGUUUGAUUUCGAUGACGCGGAGGAGGACGCACAGCUGAGCAACAUUCACACUGUGGUUACUGCCGCCACGGCUUUCAAGCGCGGGCUGUCGAAGACGUCGUCCACGGUCAGCACCUCGUCGAGUGACGAUGCCAAGAUCACGACCAAACGUGCUGAGGCUCUGGUGAAGAUGACGAACGAACGAGCGGAGGCGGCGGCGAAGGCUGUGGCUGCAGCAGUCGCAGGAGCAGGCCGUCGGUCGCUGCGCAUGGGCACAGCUGAGACAGAGGACCCUGUCGUGUGCAGCGGCUGGCUAAGGAAGGAGGGGGGCACAGUCAAGAACUGGAAGCGGCGCUACUUCACGCUGCACGGCCCCACGCUGUGCUACUUCAAGAGCGAUAACGGGGCGCUGCUGCGCAGCUUCACGGUGUGCCACGUCGUGACCUUGCGCACCAAGAAGCUGUGUCUGGAGAUCACGACCGAGGUGGGGCGCAAGCUGCUGGUGGCCAGCGAGACGCAGGCGGAUCUCGACCGCUGGCUCGACCACCUGCACCGCGCCAUUGCCGCCGAGAAGCGCAAGAAACAUGGCGGGGACGCUCCGCAGCGGAAGACGGAGACAAUGGCGACUGGCAUGCCGCUGGCUCUGCCGGCCACUGAAGCAUUCGAGCAGGGCAACCUCGCGUACAAAGUGCUCUGA